CACCGAAGAGACGCCUCGCCAACCCAAGCCGUCCAAGAAGACUAUGGAUCGCAUAGACGACACCAAAGAACCCGCCGAGGACUUGGCAAAGAAGGCCGUGAAGAAGGCUGCUACCGAUGAUGUGAAGAAGGUCAAGAAAGAGAAGAAACGCAAGGCAGAAUCAGAAGAGCCCGCCGAUGAAGAGCUCGCACCCGCCGAGUCUCCCGAAGACGGCGAGCAUACCACACCACCUAAAUCCUUUAGCGAUCUAGGCGUUAUUCCAGCUCUAUGUGAAGCUUUGGCACAGAUGGGCUUUAAGCUCCCAACACCCAUCCAGCGCGAAUCUAUCCCGCUUGCCCUCAACGGAAGAGAUAUCAUUGGUUUGGCCGAAACUGGUUCAGGAAAGACUCUAGCUUUCGCCCUGCCCAUCUUACAAGCACUGAUGGAGAACCCCUCUCAUCUCUUUGGUCUGGUGCUGGCACCUACGAGAGAGCUGGCAUAUCAGAUCAGUCAACAGAUCGAAGCCGCAGGCUCCUUGAUUGGUGUGAAAUGUGCUGUCAUUGUGGGUGGUAUGGAUAUGGUUCCUCAAGCCAUCGCCCUCGGAAAGAAGCCUCAUAUCAUCGUCGCGACUCCCGGAAGACUGCUUGAUCACCUCGAAAACACAAAAGGUUUCAGUCUGCGUACUCUGAAGUACCUGGUCAUGGACGAGGCUGAUAGACUUUUGGACCUGGACUUCGGCCCCAUCCUGGAUAAGAUCCUGAAGGUUCUCCCCAAGGAGAGACGUACCUACCUUUUCUCGGCCACCAUGUCCUCGAAGGUCGAGUCUCUGCAAAGAGCCUCGCUUUCGAACCCCAUGAAAGUCAGUAUUUCAUCAUCGAGCUACCAAACCGUCAGCACCUUGAUCCAAUCCUACCUCUUCAUCCCGCACAAGUUCAAGGACAUCUACCUCGUCUACAUCCUCAACGAGUUUGCUGGCCAAAGUACUGUUCUGUUCACCCGUACUGUCAACGAAACACAACGAUUGGCAUACCUCCUACGAGCUCUUGGAUUCGGCGCCAUUCCUCUGCACGGACAGCUCUCACAAUCAGCACGUCUAGGCGCUUUGUCCAAGUUCAGAGCCGGAAGCCGUGACAUUCUGGUAGCUACUGAUGUCGCAGCCCGUGGUCUGGAUAUCCCGUCGGUUGAUCUGGUUCUCAACUUCGAUUUGCCUCCGGACAGUAAGACUUAUGUUCACAGAGUUGGACGUACUGCUCGUGCUGGAAAGGCUGGUAGAGCCGUGUCAUUCGUGACACAGUACGAUGUCGAGGUGUUCCAGAGGAUCGAGAAGGCUUUGGCGAAGAAGCUGCCCGAACACGAUGCUCCUAGAGACCAGGUCAUGGUCUUCGCUGAGAAGGUGUCCGAGGCACAGCGUGUGGCUGUCAGAGAAAUGAAGGAUCUCCACGAGAAGGCUAAGAACGGCGGAAGAGGUGGACCCAGAGGAAAGGGGCACAUCAACAUUUAUCAAUCAAUCACCACAAUGUCGUCGCAAAGGUGUUUGAAAUUUGUACAAAGCGUCUUUGAGUCUUUUCAGGCCAACUCUGGUUUGGAACCAAGACUUCUCAAUGGCCUCCGUGUGACAGCAGCACGCCCAGGCGUCGUAAACUUCGAACUCCCAAUCGAAAAACACCACACAAAUCGUCUCAACAUUCUCCACGGCGGCACUAUCGCCAGUAUGGUAGAUCUGGGUGGCUCGUUGGCCGUAGCUUCAAGAGGUCUCUUUGCUACCGGCGUCUCUACAGAUUUGAACGUCACGUACUUGAACUCUGGUGGCAAGAUUGGUGAUCUGAUUCGUGCGGAAGUCACUUGUGACAAGUUCGGCAAGACUCUCGCCUACACGUCUAUAAACUUCCACAACGAAAAGCAAGAACUGGUCGCUAGAGGAAGUCACACAAAAUAUGUGUCAUUCGCCUGGAAAGAUCCCAACAACACUGUCGAGGAAAUGUCGCCCAAACCUGAGAAGUAGAGGAAACUCUUGGUAGAGAAAGAUAGAUCUUGUUGCUUGAUCAGACCUGUGCACCGUGAAUCACACUACUCAAAUACAUAUACACCACUUAUACAGGGAUCAAGAAUGGAUGGUGGUGAUCAUUUGCUGUGAGGGGGAAUAAUAGCAUUAAACAUUAUUUGCCAUUAUGAUUAGGCUGUUACACUACGAGCACCUCCGCUCAGUGUCGUUUUUAACGUUAUUCGUACAAUUGGACCAUUAGGUCACAGACCGAGUUC